AUGGCAAGUUCUAGAGCCCCUAAGUUAGUUUACUUGGUUGUGUGCAUCAUGGUCCUGACUGCAUCCACAACUAAAGCAGCAAUUCAAUGUAAUCAGGUGGUUAACACUUUAACCCCUUGCGUACCCUACGUAAUCGGCAAUGGGGGGCUGACACAAGAUUGUUGCAAUGCCAUCAAGGGCCUUAACAACGCAGCCAGUAACACACCGGACCGUCAGGGUGUGUGCAGAUGCUUGAAAAGCACGGCUAGUCAAUUCGGAUACAAUAGCCGUAACGUUGCCCUUGCUGCUGGAAUUCCUGGCAAGUGCGGUGUUAACCUUCCUUACAAGAUUGACCCCUCUACUGAUUGCGCAAGUGAAGCUGAUGGAUCGGCGCUGCUCGGUGCUUUGUCUAAGGAUGCUGAAGGAUCUACUGAAUUGUACGAGAAUAAGUGGCUUCCACUGGGUCAGGAAGCCUUCUGUUUUCUAGUGCCUUUUCUGCUUGGUGUGUUGUCUACCAUGUUCGUUGCGUCAUAUUACAUGCCUACAAGCACCAUGAUAAAAUUUCUCACUGAAAUGAUGAAUGUUUUCGAUCCAGAACAAGGAUCAAACUAG